AUGGAAUGGAGUAAAAGAGAGAAAGAUUCAAUUGGGAAAGGUGUUACAGACGGAGCUCGUAGAGUGAAUGAUAGCGGAAGUGACGUACUUCUAUUUGGAGUCUCAGAUGGCCCGAAUACGCUAGAUUAUUACGCAGGUGCUCAAAGGGCCGAGGCCGUAACGGUAGAUGGAGCGGCUCGUGAGGUAAAGGAUACAGGUGCACCAUCACUUGCCCACAUGAACAGUCAGAACAUUGUCGAGUACGAUGAUCACAGAAAAAAGUUGUGGUUUGGUUUUUGUACAGUCUACGCCGUUUUCUUUGGCGUCACGGUAGUGUUUGUAUACUUGGCCAUGGAUAGAGCACCUUUAAUAUCCGAACAGCUGAAUAAUGGGGACUACCUCUUCAGCCUUGUGCUGAUUGCGAAUGUACCCGGCCUGAUAAUGGCAUGCUUGUUGUGUGGCUUCUUCUAUCGGUUCCGAAAUACUCCAGAGGUGAAAUCUAGGCGUCAUGCGCAUCUGAUACAUUUCUGUAUAGUCGCGAUUCUUCACCCAAGUGCUCGGUUACUCAUGGCAGCUGUGCGGUUUGGCCAGACGCCAUUCCGACCAACCAGGCCAAAAGAUCCAAACGCAGCUUAUCAUUCCUGGUUGUUAACUGGACGGCUGUUGCAGUUCUUCACUGCAGGCAGCCUCCUUGCUGCGAUAGUGUGCCGGCUGGUGUACAUGUAUCUCGCCCUAAGGACUGAAAGCCAGGGCACCAAACCUCGUUACUGGGUGUUGGUGGUUAUAUCUUUCCUGUGGUUCAUCCCGUGCAUGCUCCCGAUGAUCUGGUGUAACUGGCAUGUUUGUAGCAUGCAGAAGAUGUUCAGCUCUUUGUACGCGUACUUAGGCAGCUUAUCGAUCAUCUAUCUGAUUUUGAUUUUGAAGACAAGAGAUGCAGAAAAGGCCUUUGUCGACUUUCAUUCCAACAUACGGUUAUUUAUAGCGUUUUGCAUCACUUUCUGGAUCCCAGUGGUGUGGGUAAAUUCGAGCAACACCCCUACGAGUUUUACCUUUUUCUCGUACUUUGCCCUAUUCUUGGGACCGUACAUCUUAUGGAUGUUCAUUAUAGAUAGUUUUGCGCUAAUCAUCAUACGUGUGACGAGUCGGCAUCUAUUCCGACGAAGAGUUUUGGAGGACAUAGAUCUCGAGGGUGAGUACUACCGGCGCAUGGAAUGUCUGGGCACUAAUAUCCUACAAAUGGUCAAGGAUCCUGGAUUGUUCUCCCUCAUGCUUGCCCAUGCGAACUCUAUGGAACACUUGUGUGGCGAGAAUUUGAUGUUUCUGGAGGCAAUAAAUAAGUGUAAGCAAACCGAGGCCAAGAAUUCUGCACAAGCAAGGCAUGAGUGGUUGACUGUCGUAGAGGAAUACAUUGUGAUUGAGUCUGUUAACGAAGUGAAUCUGGUGUCACGUACACGGAAUAAGGUUCUUGAGCACGCACACGACGAGAUCGCCUGGACGAAUGUCAACUGGGCCGCCAGAGCAGCGCAGAUGGAAGUCAACUACAAUCUCACACAAUCAUGGUUGCCCGCAUUUCUUAAAAGCGAAAAGUAUCAGAAAUAUCGGGAAAAUCAACUUAAGGAAGUGGAGAGUCUACACAACCAGAUCAAAAGAACAAGUUCAAAUUCCGGAAGUUCGACGAAUGACAGUGGAUACAGCAGGAGAGAGAACACACAGGAGAGUGGUUUAGUGAACAUACAAGACGAUGAGAUUACGAAUAUAGCGAGUGGCUCAAGGAGGGGCAGCUUCCCUGCCGGUCCUAGCGCCAUUCAGGAACUGUAACAAGGGCAGGUGUGGCGUCACAUGGC